GCGACAGAGAGACAAAGUCUUUUUGUUCCCAGAGAAGACAAAAGGAUGAAAUGUGAUAACCUGAGCCGGUUGGUGGUGUUCAUGGUGCUCUGCGCGAUGCGCGAGGAUGGAUUGGUCCAGGGCGCGCGGGACUUCCACAAGAAAGCGGCUCUGCUGCUCCGAGAGGAGCCACAGAACCCAAAAUGCUUUGCUGAAGGCAAGAAAGACUUCACGUGUUUCUGGGAGGAAGAUGAGGAGCGAGCUGGCUCCGUGGACCAGUACUCCUUCACAUACAACUACCAGAAUGAGAACAGCAGCCGCUGCCCGCUGAGCUCCGUCCCUGCAGCCGGAGGGAAGACGUUCUUCAUCUGCCACCUCAACAAGACGCAGCUCUUCGUCCAGAUGGACAUUCAGGUCCACCGAGAGGGAAUCCUGAUCCACAACCGCAGCCUGCUCAUAGAGCUCGUCUUUCUCCUGAACCCUCCCUCUAACGUGACGGUGGGCCGUACGGGCCGGCAGGGCCAGCUGAACGUCAGCUGGGUUCCUCCUCCUCUCAGGUACAUGGGGGACAGCAUGAUGUACCAGGUCAGCUACACGCCGGAGGACCAACACCUGGGACAGGUAGAGAUGGUGUUAGCCAGCUCGGAGCUGAUCCUGAGAGGCCUGCAGUCAGGCAGGAAGUACAAGGUGCGGGUCCGCGUGAAGCUGGACGGGAUCAGCUAUGGCGGCUACUGGAGCGCCUGGAGCGACCCGGUGGUCAUGGAAACACUGCCUGCAGAACUUGACCUCCUCAUCAUUUCCCUGACUCUCAUCAUCUCCUUCAUCCUCAUCGUGCUGUCUGUUACCAUGCUCAUGUCCCAUCGCAGGUUUGUUAUAAAGAAGAUUUGGCCGACUAUUCCAACUCCUGAUAGCAAGUUCCAAGGACUGUUCACUGUUUAUGGCGGGGACUUUCAGGAGUGGUUGGGGCAGACCAGUGGAGGUGUCUGGGUGACUCCAGCUAUCUUCUACUCUGAGGAAUGUCCUUCUCCUCUGGAGGUCCUGUCAGAGCUCGGCCCUGGCCCCGUGCUGCCGUUCCCACCUCUCCCACCCAAAACCUCCAGAGCUCUGACCUCCGGCAGGAAGGAGGAUCAGGACGAGAGGGAGCCGUUGGGGAGGGCUGAUCCAGCUCUGGAGGCUUGGAGAGCAGCACCACAUGGCCACUGGCUGAUGGACCGGCUGAGGGAACUCCAGCAGAACCCAGCGCCCUGCUCCCAGUCGUCCCUGCUGGAGUCCCAAGGCGCUUACGUCACGCUCAGCGCCGGCAACCAGAGCGAAGAACAUCUGGAUGACGUCCUGGAGGAGACCUCGCCCCUCGAGGUGCUCUUCGCCUCCAGAAAGACCGUGUUGUGUGAAUCCCACUCCGACCUGGGAUCCGUGCAGCAGAGCUCCGGGUCCGGUCGUCUUUCCUCACAGUCCAGCUUCGAGUUCCCGAACCACACCUGGAUGCCCAGAAGCCCCGUGUACACCUACAUGGCUGUGGCCGACUCCGGGGUCUCCAUGGACUACAGCCCCAUGAGCAGGCCGGACGACAUCGGAAAAAUGGUUAUCUACGCCAACGAGUACAAGAACGACAUUCCUGCUCAUAGCAGAACCUUCUUGUCGAGGCCGCAACCUUUCCAUGAUGAUGGCUGAGAGGAGCAGAGACGGACACAUGGACUCGUCCUCCAGCAGGCCGGUGGAUUCACCCAAUGCUACACAGCUUCCCAUCAACUGUUAAGAAAGCCACUGGAUGUACAAGAUACAUCAGUCCUACUUAAUCUGAAACACAGCUGUGGAUUACACCAAAUACUGAUAUUCAGAGUCUGCAUUCUGGUCUGUAAGUAGCCCAUCCUUUCAGAGCAGGAAUGUCUUAAAAUUCACCAAAAUCUAAGUUGAGGGAAUGAUUCCAUGGUGAUUUAUUCAUAUUUAAGCUACUUUUAUUCUUCAAGGACAGAACGGGCAUCAGGUCAGCGUAUAUUUCCCCGUUCCUAUGAUAUAGUCUAGACGGAAUUGUCCAAAAAGUUAA